AUGUCCACCGCUGCCUCUGCGCUCCGGCCGGCGCCGCGGUGGGGUGCGCCGUCGCAGCGCCGGCUCGUUGAGCAGCACCUGGCGUCACUGCCCCACGGCCUCCAGCGCCUCCGCCACGUGCAGGAGCUCCACGCGCAGCUCCUCAAGCACGGUAUCCACCUCGACCCGCUCACCGCCUCCAAGCUUAUCUCCUCAUACGCGCUCCAGCGCCGCCUCCCGGCAUCCCGCCUCGUCUUCGCCUCCUUCCCCAAUCGUCACGCCACCACCUUCCUCCCGAACACCCUUCUCCGCGCCUACGCGCUGAAUGCCCUGCCCCACGCCGCGGUCUCUGUCUUCUCCGCCAUGCCCCAGCGGGACAGCUUCACCUACUCCUUCCUCAUCAAGGCGCUCUCCUCCGCGGGCUUGAACCCCCUCAGAGCGGUGCACUCCCACGUCGUUAAACUCGGGUCCAUCGAGGACACCUAUGUCGGGAACGCGCUGAUCGACGCCUACUCCAAGAACGGCGGGUUUUUGGACGCCAGCAAGGUGUUCGAGGAAAUGCCUAGACGGGAUACUGUAUCCUGGAACUCGGCCAUGGCUGCGAUGGUGCGACAGGGGGAGCUGGCAAGUGCGAGGAGGAUGUUUGACGAGAUGCCGGAGAAGGAUACGGUAAGCUGGAACACCGUGCUGGACGGGUACACCAAGGCUGGGAAGAUGGAGGAGGCGUUCGAGCUGUUUCAGUGCAUGCCAGAGAGGAAUGUGGUGUCGUGGUCGACGGUGGUGUCUGGUUACUGUAAGAAGGGUGACAUGGAGAUGGCUCGAGUGAUCUUUGAUAAGAUGCCAACCAAGAACUUGGUAACGUGGACGAUAAUGGUCUCGGCAUGUGCCCAGAAUGGGCUUGUUGAGGAGGCUGGACGGUUGUUUACUCAGAUGAAGGAAGCUGCUGUGGAACUUGAUGUGGCUGCGGUUGUGAGUAUCUUGGCUGCAUGUGCAGAGUCAGGCUCGCUUGCUCUUGGGAAGAGGAUUCACCGGUACGUGCGGACAAGGCAACUGGGGAGGUCGACCCAUGUGUGCAAUGCAAUGAUUGACAUGUUUUGCAAGUGUGGAUGCGUAAACCGGGCUGAUUAUGUCUUUGACACUGAAAUAGCUGAGAAGGAUUCAGUGUCAUGGAACACCAUAAUUGGGGGAUUUGCGAUGCAUGGGCAUGGAGACAAGGCGCUGGACUUCUUUGCCCAAAUGAAGCUACAAGGGUUCCGUCCUGAUGCUGUGACAAUGAUCAACGUUCUUAGUGCAUGCACACACAUGGGGUUUGUGGAAGAGGGACGCCGGUAUUUCUCCAAUAUGGAGAGGGACUAUGGCAUUGUGCCACAGAUAGAGCAUUAUGGCUGCAUGAUUGACCUUCUUGGUCGUGGAGGGCUCAUCGAGGAGGCUGUUGACCUGAUAAAAAGCAUGCCUUGGGACCCUAAUGAGGUAAUAUGGGGAGGCUGGGCAGUGGAGUGA